AUUUCCCAUGCUAUAAAAUAUUAUGUGAGAAUAGGGUACAAUAUUUCAGAAAAGUCAGAUAUCAUAGAUGCUGCAAAAGAAUUAUCAGGAACUUAUCUUUCAAAUAUUCAACCUAAUAGAACUAAAAAAGAAGUAAAUCAAUUAGACAAUGAUUCUGAAAAAAUUAACAAUGAAAAAAAAGUUAAUAUUAAUACUAUUCCAGGAAUUUCUAAUCUUUUUUAUUGA